GACCAGUGUGCUGUUGCAAAUUAUCUUCACUCCUCCCCUUGGAUGAAAAUACAAACAGACUCGGGCCUAAAACCGCAUUUUGGAGCUACAGUGUCAGACGCAAAAAUGGCUUGUUGCCGUGUGGUUGUUUUGGCGCUCUUGGUUGUCUUCCUGCUUAAUGUUGUGGAGAACGAGGCUGCAUCCUUUCCUUGGUCCUGCCCGAGUCUAAGCGGCGUGUGCAGAAAAGUUUGCCUCCCCACAGAACUCUUCUUUGGACCUCUGGGCUGUGGAAAGGGCUUCUUGUGCUGUGUAUCCCAUUUUCUAUGAGCUGAGAACGAUGGAAUAGGAAAACAUGCCUGGGCCGUUAUUAUAGUCCUUAACAAUAUCCUCAAGUCCCGCUAGAAGACUUAUGGAGCCUCACUGAAGAUGAGUCCAGAAUAAGUCGUGUUGUUGGAGAGUCAUCUUUGGCUUUUUUUUUUCUCUCUGAUGUAACAUGAUGGACUUUGAAUGAUGUUUUAACUCUGCAUAGUUUUUUUUUGUGCUGAAUUUAACGCAGAUGAUCUGGCUGAAAUAGAGUAAUAAAUAACAUGUAACUUCCUGGA